GCGCCUUGACCAAUCUCCAGUGUGGAGGAAGGCAUUUUGUGUGUAUCUGAACCAAUCUGAGUCUGCCUUGCUCAAUAGUCACACCGAAAAGUGGCGCCAAAUGUCGACGAGGGGUUUAAACGCGCGUCUGCACGGUUCUGAGCAAAGGAUCUUUGGUUCGCAGCUUAUCCAUUUUAACCUGGAACAUUCAUUGUAACCUUUGAGAAGAGUAAAACCAAAUAAUGGGGAUUCAAGGAUUGUUACAGUUUGUUAAGGAAGCAUCAGAACCAAUUCAUGUCAAGAAGUACAAAGGACAGACUGUGGCAUUGGAUAUGUAUUGCUGGCUUCACAAAGGCGCAUUUGCAUGUGCUGAUAAAUUGGCAAAAGGAGAGCCGACUGACCAGUAUGUUAGUUAUUGUUUAAAAUUUGUUGAAAUGUUGGAAUCUUUUGGCGUUAAACCAGUCCUGGUUUUUGAUGGGUGCACUUUGCCUUCCAAAACAGAGGUGGAAAAAGGCUCGAAGAUUGCAUAGGCAAACAAAUUUGCAGAAAGGGAAGCAGCUUCUUCGUGAAGGCAAAACAGCAGAAGCCAGGGAGUGUUUUACACGAUGUGUCAACAUAACACCUGCAAUGGCACAUGAGGUGAUAAAGAUUGCAAGAGCAAGAGGGAUGGACUGUAUUGUAGCACCUUAUGAGGCUGAUGCACAAUUGGCCUAUUUAAAUAAGAUCGGCAUUGCUCAAGCAGUAAUCACAGAAGAUUCAGACCUAUUGGCAUUUGGAUGUAACAAGGUUGUACUUAAAGUGGACAAGUAUGGAAAUGGCAUUGAAAUUGACAAGGCUCGUUUUGGCAAAUGCAAGCAACUGGGAGAUGUGUUCACUGAAGAGAAGUUCAGAUAUAUGUGUAUUUUAUCAGGAUGUGAUUAUUUGCCAUCCAUUCAUGGAAUUGGUUUGGGCAAAGCAUGCAAGCUGCUGCGAAUUGCUAGCAAUCCAGAUAUCAUAACAGUGAUUAAAAAAAUGGGACAAUACUUGAAGACAAAUGUGAUUGUGCCAGAAGAAUACACAGAUGGGUUCAUUCGGGCAAAUAACACAUUUCUAUAUCAAUUGGUGUUUGAUCCAUUGAAGCGGAAGCUUGUUCCUUUAAAUGAUUAUUCAAAUGAUGUUGAUCCUAAAUCUAUUGAGUACGCUGGGCACCACUUUGGUGAUGAGAAAGCUUUACAUAUAGCUCUUGGAAAUAUAGAUAUUAAGACUUUGGAACUCAUAGACAACUUCAACCCAAGCACUUUGCAGAUUCCGCCAAAAAGGUCAAGUGGAUGGAGGAACAAUGAGGCAAAUAAGCAGAGAGCUCUGCAUAUGCUCAGUAUAUGGAGCAAAAACUAUAGACCAUAUGGAAAUCAUCUCUCGGUCCCAAAGCCAGAACAAUCACCAGAGAAACCCUGCACCAAGGGUAUGGAGAAAGUGAUCAGCAUUCAACAUUUUAAACUUCCCAAAAGAGUGAUAUUGGCGAAAAGAGCAAGAGAAGAUGAAAGUCUUUCAGACAGAGAUUUGAUACAGCAGUACACAUUUCCAAAUAAUAAAAGAACAAGAGGCGUUGAGGACCUGCAUCCACACUCUCCCUCCGAACUGGAUGUGUCCUCAUCAUCAACAGACCGUUCAGCCACUGAGGAAAGCCCAAGGCCACAUUGCAAGUUGCGGAAUCGAUUUGCUACUUUUUUAGCAAAAGGAAAUGAAGAUUCGGGCACCGUUGUUGUUCCUGGAACCAGAAGCCGGUUCUUCUGCAUUCCCAAAGCUGGUGCUCCAGAUUCAGACAUUAAAUCCAGUUUAGUAACUAAUGCAACAGAGGAACUGAGGGACCCAAGACCAACACAUUCUUGUAAGAACGAGAAGAAUGAUGUUUUGACGAGCAUAUUUAGCAAUGAAGGCGAACAGGAUGAAAAGCCACUUGAGAGUUUGAACAUUGAUCCAAAUACAAAUAUGGUUCCUGCAAGGGUUCAAUUGGAGGCCAGGAGAAACUUGAGUGCUUUCGGUUGGUCUGGAGGACUGAGGGAAAAAUCGGGGAAUUCGAGCCCUGCUGCCGGUUUAUCUGUGCUGCAGCAGUUCCACAGACAGGUAGCACACCCAUCUCAAUCUAAAUGUACUGAUGGUAAAACAAUAACAGAAUCGGAUCAGAAUAUAACACAGCAUCAACCAAACUUUUCAAAACAAUCUGAAGAAUCCAAAGAUGAUAACUGUGAGCUGCUGAACUCCUCACCUUCACUUCUCAGUGUUAGGUUUGCUCUGGGCAGUUUCAACUCCUCUGGUUCUUUGUCAACAUCCACAAGCUCUGAGUUGGCUGAACCGAGUGAUCGUGCAGCAUCUCAUGAUCAAUGUUCCAGUGCCCUCACUUUGCCAUCUUUACCAGAGACAACUAAUAGAACUGUAAAGCAUCGGAUUCUUGGAUUACCCAGACUGGGCUCUGGAUCUGCAAAAAAAAUCACAAAACUGAAGCUUCCAGAAUCGGCGAGAGCCAGUGGAUUAAUCCAAAAUUCACUGAAAUCUGCACCAAACAAUGAGAACAAGCCUGAGCUACAGGCCACCAUCCAUGACUUGUGGAACAAAUUUGAGUUUAAGCGAAAAUCCAAGUUGGUUCGAUCGUUUGAAAUACCUGAGCCAAUGACCCCUAUCAAGGACAACUUGCAACUCUUGACGCCAGAGAUUGAUCAAAGUAUUUUAUUAAGAUCUGAAUGUAUUUCUGUACAGAGAGCCAUACAAUGGUGAGAAAUUCAUGAGGUUUAAACUAUUCCGUGUCACUGUUAAUGUCUGAUCAAAAUGAAUUAUCACCGGAAAGUGAUAUUAAUUUACAUAUUGUAUGCAAUCCAUCUUGCAAGCUACUAGCAUUAAACUUUUUUUCAAAUGGCAA